AGGACACCUUCUCUAGACCCCAGGAUUGAGCUUAAUCCUACUGAUGGAAGAGUUGAGAUAAUCGAUAAUGAUGUCAAUAUAAAUGUUGGCUACGACCCAAUCUCAUACGUUGCAAGUGAAGGACAGGGAAGUGUGGAGCUUACAAUUGUCAUCUUUGACCCACCUGUUGGUGGAGCUCCACGCCCUUUCACACUUGUCAUCAACACACAGGAUGGCACUGCAAUUGCAGGUGCUCCAGAUAAUGACUAUAAUGCUGUAAUCGGUGAGAUUGUGCAGUUCAAUGUUGGGGACACCUUUCAGACACACAGAAUCAUCAUCAACGAUGAUAUGAUGUGUGAAAACGACCCAAAUGAGUUCUUCUUCUCCAAUAUUGCCCUGGACUCUGGUGUACAACCAAUAUUUGUCAUUCAACCUCAAGCUACAGUCACCAUCAAUGAUGACGCAGAACCUGAAUGCCUGCCAAUUGAGGUGGGCUACGAGUUCUCAGUCUACACCACUACUGAGGGAAUUGGAGUUGUAACUCUGUGUGCUGUUACGAACUUCCCUGGUGGCUCUCCAAGACCAUUCACUAUUAAUGCCACCACUGAAGAUGGAUCUGCUGUCUCUGGUGAUGACUAUGUUGGAGUAGUUGAUGUUCCACUGAUGUUUCAAGUGGGAGAUGAUCGUGUAUGCCACGAUGUCGUAAAUCAUUGAUGAUGACGAUUGCGAGACACCUUUUGAAGACUUCUUCUCCAACUUGGAGUAUGACAGUGGGGAUAUGCCUAUCAUUAUCACAAGAGAUAGAACAAGGGUCAUUAUCAACGACACUGCCGAGCCAGAGUGUGACCCAAUCACUGUUGGUUACGAUCCUGUCACAUACGUAACAACUGAAAGUGAUGGAAGUGUGACUCUCACAGUUAGGGUCUUCAGUCAUCCCGGUGGAGCUCCACGACCUUUCACUCUUGCCAUAAACACACAAGAUGGCACUGCAACUGUUGCAGACGAUGAUUAUGUACCAGUGGAUGGUGAGAUCAUACAGUUCAAUGCGGGAGAUGUCACUCAGACCCACACAAUCACUAUCAAUGAUGAUGAUGAAUGUGAGAAGGAUCCAAACGAGAAUUUCUUCUCCAACAUUGCCCUGGACAGUGGUAUUCCUGAUAUCACUGUGACUGUGCCUCAAGCUACAGUUACUAUUGAUGACACUGCUGAGCCAGAGUGUGCACCAAUCACGGUUGGCUACGAUCCUGCAACAUAUAUGACAACUGAAAGUGAUGGAAGUGUGACUCUCACAGUUAGGGUCUUCAGUCAUCCCGGUGGAGCUCCACGACCUUUCACUCUUGUUGUCAACACACAAGAUGGCACUGCAACUGUUGCUGAUGGUGACUAUGUAGCAGUGGCUGGUGAGAUCAUACAGUUCAAUGCGGGAGUUGUCACUCAGACACAUACUAUUGGGAUCAAUGAUGAUGAUGAAUGUGAGAAUGAUCCAAACGAGAAUUUCUUCUCCAUCAUUGCCCUGGACAGUGGUAUUCCUGAUAUCAUUGUGACUGUGCCUCGAGCUACAGUCACUAUUGAUGACACUUCUGAGCCAGAGUGUGGCCUAACUUUCUUUGUGAAUGAUACUCUGACUGGAGAUCCUCUGCUGACUGUUCCGAUCUGGACCAACCCCACCGUGGAGCUUGGUGACCCAGUCGAGUCGCUGUGCUACGAGGUCCAUGGUGAAGAUGGCUCCUACUUCAACCUCAUCUCAGACGAAUGCACCUCAGUCAAUGCCUACUACCAGGAGGCCGUUACUCCCAGUCCAAACAUAAAUUUGAAUGUAGUUACUCAGAUUGGAGUGAUGGCUAGGGGAGACACCGCCUGUUGGAACAUUCAGGUUGAUUUGGAUGGGUGCAACACUACAAUCAAUGGGGGGUUAUCUUUAGGUACCGAUUUCGAUGGAAUAUCGGUGAAGCGUUACGCUACAUCGUCUCGUGUGCGCAUUUCCGUCCCGAACUGUGGUGACACCAUGUUGGUCAUGUGGGUGUUCUGCAGAGCAGGGCAGGUGGAGGACCCAGUCACUUGGGACUACUUCGACAUCAGGUUCAUCCGAUUCGUGGUCAUGCGUGGACUCAACCUGAACGAACAAUCCCACGGACUGAUUGGUCAGUUCUGGAACGUGCCGGUCACAGUCAGCUCUUACACUGGUCUAUUCGGAGGAGCAGAGAGAAGUGACGAUUACGUCAUCACCGUGGACCACCCUCAGUCUGAUCCCAGGAGCUUUGUGGGGCUGAAGUACAGUGUGACGUGGGAGUUUGAGAAGAGGGUGUGUUACUACGUCGGCAACACGCAGGCCGGGGAGCUGUCAGAGGUGUCUGAUCCAAACCCAAACGACUCUGUCAUCGAAGGAGACUACACUGAUUACAAAGUCGACUCUCUUUUCGCCACUGAUUUCAAGUUCUCUCACUUCGAUGGGAACAGAUGCUAGGAUACCAACUGCUGCUGUACUUCAGCAUUCUAUUAAGAAACUUGAUUCUUUUUUGGUACUCGUAGUUUUUUUCUGUGCAUUUGUAGUAGGUUUGUUUAUAUCAUUAUAAUGCAUAAAGUGU